AUCCUGAGAGAAGAGACCCCAUAAGGAAGAUCUUAAGAGGUAGGCAAAGGUUUUUAUUUUCUUUAGGCAUUCUCAUUAGGCAUUCUUGAUUACUGUGAAGAUAAGAUGUUUGAGUUGAGGUAGAAGGUCAUAAUUCUUAAGUGAGGGCAUCUAAAAACAGCGCCACAAACAUCAGAAGCUUUUUCAUAAAACAGAUCACCAAUUUUGUCAUUUUUCACUUUUACUAUCUUUGUUUCUGUUCUUUCCUAAUCCUUGAUCCACUAACAGGAGAAAUACCCUCAGCUAGGCAUUCAUUAUUAAACAUUGUUCAGUUCAUGGUUAUCCAUUGUUGCAUAUUUUAACCUGCAGUCUCAACACAGCAGUGUCCUCCCUACCACGUGCAGCCAUGACGAUUAAUCCUGUCAAAGAGAACCUUAUAUUCUGCUCAACAUCACCAUUGUUUCUUCCAGGGGCUUCAAGGCAUUUUCCACUGAAGUGGGUGCCAUGAAAUUACUUUACCUUCUCAUCCCUGUUAUCCUCUUGAUUUCUCAAGCCAUGGCAGCUCCUGAAGGCUGUAAACAGGAAAGACAGAAUGAGUGGAAAGAUUUGGCACAGAAGAAAGGCACCUUCAUCAAUGCCUUCAUCAACAAUUAUGAGCACCAUUACUGUGACUCUCCUACCACUGUGUGCCUGAGGAGGAAAACAAAGUGUAUUCGCAUGCCAGGGUUUUGCCCUGGCAGGAGCUUCUGCUGUAUGAGAACCAUGACCUGAGGAAGUUAUCUUUCCUGUCCUUCCUGAAUUAUAUCAGAACACUGAGA